UGAGAAUUUGAAUGGGAAAAAGGAUAGAAGGAUGUCUGGAGAAACAAGAAGCAUGUUGAUGAUCCAACUCCUCUCUAGCCAUUACUAUGUUUUGAGUUUGGGUUUGGUUCGAUUCUAGUGGUGACUUAAGAUCUGCACCAAAGAACCACCAAACAGCACCAUUGAAAGGAGAAGAUGGUUAUGAGAUCUAGAAAAGCAAUAGCUCUGUGGAUGGCACCUUCAAAGAUCUGGUUGCUAGACAUCUAUUUCCUCAUGCCUCAUUAUGGGAAAUCCAGGGAAAAUAGUGCAAGACAAAAGAGGGUAUUGACAAUGGUGGACGAUCGGAGGCGUAGGCACAACUCUCAAAGGGAAAUCAAUUGUUAUUCUAUUAGGGUUUAUAGUGGUGAUGAAUUAGAGGAGAAGGAGAGAGAUAGAAAAAGGGAAAGGAAAAAGAUGCUAGAGAGGAGAUCUGGGAAGAAAAAAAAAGUUAGAUCCGACCAUCACCUUGUGUUGCUAUGUUUGGAAACACCUAUACAAAGAGACAGGAACUCUAGACCUAUUCAAUUUGAGGCUGCAUGGUUAACACAUGAGGAUUUUAAGCAGACUUUUACAAGUGCAUGGGCUUCAAACAGCUCAUCAUUAACAUCAGCCAUCAAAUCUGUUCAGGAGGCAUGCUUGAACUGGAAUAAGGAAAUAUUUGGGAAUUUAUUUCAGCGUAAAAGGCAUUUGCAAGGUCGGUUGGAGGGCAUCCAAAACUCAAUCCAUUUUCCUACUUCUCGGUUCUUGCAAGACUUGGAAGCAGAGCUAUUGAGGGAAUAUCACCAAGUUUUGCAUGCGGAAGAACUGUUUUGGUGUCAAAAAUCGCGCGUAGAGUGGAUAGCUUUUGGGGAUAGAAACACAGCCUUCUACCAUGCAUCUACAAUAGUUCGUCGAGGCAAAAAUAGGAUUGUAGCUCUGAAAGUGGAUGGUAACUGGGUAAGAGAACUUCCUAUUCUAAAGCAACACAUAAAUGAAUUUUUUAUGAAGUUGUUUUCCCGAAGAGACACCUCACCUGCAAUUAACGCCUAUCCAGUCUGGCAACCGAGGCUCACAACCGAGGAUGAGGAGGCCCUGCUACGGUCGAUGUCACUGGAGGAGGUAAGGGAUGUCUUAUUCUCUAUGAAAGGUCUAACGAGCCCAAGACCAGAUGGAAUUCAACCAAUUUUCUAUCAAAAACACUGGGAAGAAGUGUCAGGCACUCUACCUUCUUUCACCAACAAAGCACUGAGUGAUGGCUACUUUGAUACUUCUUUGUUGCAGGCGCAUAUGGUCCUAAUUCCAAAAGGAGACAAUCCUAAUGUUAUCCAGAAAUUUCAACAAAUUUGCUUACUUAAUGUAGCCUACAAAGUGCUUUCGAAAGUACUUGUGAAUAGACUACAACCUUACUUGCAGCAUCUAAUCGGACCAUUCCAAAAUAGUUUUCUCAAAGGACGAUGCACUACAGACAAUAUUAUUCUCAGUCAAGAGGCAGUUCAGUCAAUGUGUAAAAUGAAAGGAAAGAAAGGUGCAAUGAUUUUUAAAAUUGAUCUUCACAAGGCUUUUGAUAGCGUUGAUUGGACUUUUCUCCAGUUGGUACUACAAGACUUUAAUAUACCAACUCCUUUGAUAAGGUUGAUUAUGUUCUUAGUGUCCUCUUUGCAACUUUCAGUCCUUUGGAAUGGAGAACAAUUACCACCUUUUAAUCCUCAACGAGGCCUACGGCAAGGAGACCCACUUUCCCCUUAUUUGUUCAUCAUGUGCAUGGAAAGGCUAUCUCACAAGAUACAAAGCAAGGUGCACUCCAAGGCAUGGAAGCCAUUUCGGAUAUCCAGAGGAGGACUUGCUCUCUCACACCUGUUUUUUGCCGAUGAUCUCAUGCUCUUCAGUGAGGCUUCUAACCAACAGGUUGAAGUAAUCAUGGGUUGCCUUACUGAAUUCUCUAAUGAGUCAGGGCUUGAUAUCAACUUAACCAAGUCCAAGUUAUAUGUUUCUCCAAACAUACAAAGGCAUGUUGCUGGAAAUCUAAGUGCAGCUUGUGGUAUUCCCCUAACAAUAGACUUGGGUAGAUAUUUGGGAGUCCCAAUUCUGCAUGGCCAGCCUUCAGCUUCAACCUACAAACUUAUCUUGGAAAAAAUUCAAGUGAAAUUGGCUGGCUGGAAACAGACUUUGCUAAGCAUGCACCUUGUUAAUUGGAGAACAGUAUGUAGACCAAGGCAUCUUGGAGGCUUGGGCUUACGUUCUGCUAAAGAGAACAACCAGGACAUUUGGGUGGGUGACAAGCCUUUAUAUGAAGUUGCUCUUUCCCCAGUGUUACCUACUCUUAUGGAUACCCCAGUUUCACACGCCAUUAACUCAACUCGAGACUGGGAUGCGAAUUGGCUUAGAAAUCUCCUCCCUAACAAUGUAGUUGCUCAGAUCUUGGCAACUCCAAUUCUAGCAUUUCAACAACAAGAGGAUACAGUGUUUUGGAACGGCUCACUAGAUGGUACUUUCUCUACUAAGUCGGCUUUCAAACUGUUGCAACAGCAACAUGUUGUUUUAACUCAGCAAAGGGAGAGUUGGAGAUGGAUAUGGAUAUUACAAUGCAUAGAGAAAAUUAAAUUGUUUGUUUGGCUGCUUUGCAAAAACAGAGUGUUCACAAACAGUGUCAAAUUUGCGAGACAUUUUGCUGCAACUCCAAUUUGCCCAAGAUGCGAGCAGAGCCCAGAAACCCCACUUCACCUAUUGCAUGAUUGCUAUCACUCACGUUUGUUUUGGGAAGCUGCUUCUGUGUUACCUCCUAACUUUUUCAUGAUAGGCUUUAACAAAUGGUUGCGAAAGAAUGCACAAACAUCAACGACUAGUGAUGCUUCACGUCAUAACUGGUCUACACUUUUCUUAUCUGCCAUUUUGGUGAUCUGGAAGAAUAGAAACGCUCUUAUUUUUGACAAUCAAAGAACUCCCCCCCAUAUCCUAUUUCAACAUGCUUCCUCCUUAGCUAGAGACACAAGCUUGGGGUUGGCCACAAACAUUCUUGCUCACCCUCACCUCCCUAGGUGGGUAAGAUGGUUUCCUCCUAAUUUCCCUUUCCUCAAAUUGAAUACAGAUGUGGCGAUGAGUCAAGCAUCGGGAAAUGCUAGUGCAGGAGGUCUCAUUCGAGAUCAUGGAGGGCAGUGGCUACACGGCUUUGCGAUUAAUAUUGGGCCACAAACUAGCUAUAUGGCGGAGCUUUGGGGUUGUCAUGUUGGCCUUCGGUUAGCUCUCGAGAUGGGUCUCACCCACUUGGUCCUUGAAAUGGAUUCCUUGUUGGCGGUGCAGGCGAUACUGGCAAGGAAAACCGGGGAUGGCCCAGCUUCAAUACUUCUGUUGGACAUCUUCCACCUUGUAAAUUCCUUUGAGGUUUGCACGGUGCAACACACUUUGAGGGAAGGAAACGUAGCAGCUGAUUACAUGGCCUCUAUUGGACGAAUUCUCACCCAAGGCACUAGGUUUUUUCAAUCUCCACCUCCGGGUAUCAGGAGCAUCCUCCAUGAAGACAACAUAGGCACUUUGUUCCUCAGGACUUAGCGUUAUCUAGCUUCUUCUGUACCAAAACAAAAAAAGAGUCAUCAUCUCAACAAAGUGAAUUAUUGUUC